CCUCCGCUCACCUCGGCCCCGACUUCAGUUCGCCGCUCGGCUCGAGUCGUCGUGCAACGCGAAACGCGCAGGCAGGCAAGCGAGCCGGCUCGCUGUCGCGCGCGGGCCUCGACGUAUACGCACGCGUUGCUCCGCUGCCGAUAAGACUGCGCGCGAUCGUUGUCAUACACGAGCGAGAAUACACGUGAUACGCGAAUUAUCGCGCGCGAAUAUCAAAACAUUGGUCGUAGAGUUCGGGAGAAGAAUCUGAAGAGACGGAUCGGAGUUUCUGAUCGCGGAAUAUAUAUAUAUAUAUAUAUAUAACGGAGCGACGUGUCGUCGUGUCUCGAGACGACGAGAUCGAGAAGCGCGGUGGGCGCUUGGCAGAGAUUCCGCGGCCCGCUGCGCAGGCAGAAACGGAACGUGGUAUUAUGUCACACUCCCACGCGAGCGACGGCCGUCGCUGCCGUCGUCGCCGCUCCUGUUGCUGCUGCUGCUGCGAGGCCCAACAUCCACGUCGUUUGACAUUUCCGCGGGCGUGCAGCGCCUGACAGAUCACGCGCUUCAUUGUGGAUGUUACGCUCGUUUCGUCCCGCCCUGGUGCGUCUCGAGAUCGUCGUGACGAGAUCUCACGCGCGCGAGAGAAGUCUUUCCCGAGUGCUUUUCCACGAUGCGAUAAGACAGCGCCGAUCGACAGUGACUUGUCAUCGCUGAGCUCUCGCGAACCGUCGGCUCGAGGAAGAUUGUUCCCCGGAUCGUGCAUCACACGGACAACGCAUCGUCUAACGGCGUCUGAUAGGAGGAAGACAACGAAGGCGACGCGCGUGCGAGUUGGAGGAUCGCCCUGCGAGCUAAACGGACGAUUUCGCGCCGGGCUCGGACGUAUAUACUCGCGCCGACAGGACGAUGUCAUUGUUGUGAGUGUCGCGUUUCCUUAUACGUAGCUACGAGAGUGCGAGUGAAUUACAAGGACAGAAAGAGAGAGAGAGAGAGAGAGAGAGAGAGAGAGAGAGAGUGAAAAAAAAGAGGAAGAAGAAAACGGAAGGACCAAGAGAGGGAGAAAGAGAAGUGCAUCAAAUGCGUGUGAAAUGGAUGGUACGCCAAAGAAAAGCGAAGCAGUGCUAAUAUAUGGAUGCCCAUGGGUGGAACUUGGCCGAAAUGUGCCAGCGUUACCAUCACGCUAUACCGGCAGCGGCGGUGCAGAAUUCCUCGCCAGCUAGGGAUCCCUCGGCUGCCAUCGUGCAAGGCUUGUCAACCGCCACGCACAUCGAUCAAGCCAGCCCGUCUUAUUCCCACUACACGAUGCUGGAUAAUUAUGACAGGGGUGAGAUGACACCACCGCCGCCGGUGAGCGGUUACGGCGGUUCCCCCGGACUCUUGGCACUCCAUUCCUCGCUUUACGCGACUCCUACGUCGAGGGCCUACGACAUCGACUCCGGCAUCGAUGGCAAUGACAGCUCGAUGCCCAUCGAUACCCAAAUCAUCUCGAUACCGAGCAUGCUGAGCGGUCCGGCGCAGCAGCGGCUGGAGGACAUGCCCUGGCUGACUUCCGGUCCGUCGUUGGAAUACCAGCAGGGCAUCUCGCCGAUCCCCGCGGGAGUAAAGAUGUGCCAUCCCGGCGGCGGCUCCACUGCCCAGAGGAGCCUCAAGGAGCAACGGAUACGUCGCCCGAUGAACGCGUUCAUGGUCUGGGCAAAGGUCGAGCGCAAGAAGUUGGCCGACGAGAAUCCGGAUCUCCACAACGCCGAUCUCAGCAAGAUGCUCGGAAAGAAAUGGCGAGGGCUAACGCCGCAAGAUAGAAGGCCCUACGUCGAAGAGGCCGAAAGGCUUCGGGUCAUACACAUGCAAGAACAUCCGAAUUACAAGUACAGACCGCGGCGUAGGAAGCACGCGAAACGGACACCCGGUGCACCGUCCUCGCCUCCCUCGGCGACCAACACCGCGGGCAACAGGUCCAAUCCUACCGGCUCGACGAUUCAUCAUUCCAUGUCCAAGAUGGACAGUUACCAGGGCAUACCUCAAAUCCCGUGGGGUGGCCAUUCCCCGAUCUCAUCCUUAUACCAUCAACAGCAACAGCAAAGCAUCCAGGAAUACAAGUCGGAAAAUAAUUCGCUUUAUGGCAGCCCAUACACGCCCAUCAUUCACACCCCGGACAUAUCUCCGGUGGCGAGUCCCGAGCCUGACGGUGACGGUGGCCAUCUAUCGUCUGCUCAGAAUCCGGAUCCAGAACGAGAUCUAAUGGAAGGUACCUCGAAGCAACAUGGAGAUAUAACCGAUCAGAAACGAUACACUUAUAUGAGUAGCGACAAUCAAUUGCAUACUGGUCACGCUAGCAAUACUAGUGUUUCGUCGUGUCAGAAUUCUGGUGGUUAUACGGAUACGUUAACGUAUAAAAAAUCCGUGGGUUAUUUGAACUUUGAGAGACAGUCUACGAGCAUAGCCGCGGUAGGCAUUGCAAACGGUAUGAUGGUAUCGUGCAACAAGCUACGCUCCGGUUUUGACAAUGUUGGUUCCGUCACGGGCACAUUUUAUCCGCCGGUCGCUUCGCCGCAUGAUCAAUCGUUGCAGCAUUACAGCAGCACGCAAUCGUCCAAAAGCGCGACGAAUUAUUCGAUGCAGUCCACUGUCGAGAGCAAUUAUAAUCCAGUCCAAUGCGCCAGUAAUCGACAACAGUCCAUAGGGAUUCGUGGAGCCGAAAGUUGUUCCGGUACAGUGACGCAUCGAUACCAAAUGCCGCAUCAUCAGGAAUAUCAGACGGAUUCGAGCAGCGCUCAGCAGCACGCGAUUCUUGGCGGCCACAUCGAUUCCGGCAUGAGUGCUGAGGAAGAUCAUCAGCAGCAGUUGGAGAAGUAUUUCAAGUAUUCCCAUCCGACGAGUGUGGCACACUCGAGCUUGUCUUCGCAGAGUAUGUUGGACAGCAAUCAUAACUACGCCAGCGAUCUGCGCUAUUACGGAGCACCGUCCCAAUUGGACAUAUCGAACUCUCAGUGCAUCGUUGACGAUCAACAGAGCAACAAGGACGCUCGUUGCUCUAACGUCGCGAUUGGUCAUACUAUGGAGCAAUAUCAUCAGAGUCUAGAAGUGUCCAAAUAUCCGGAUCACUCGGCUUCGCAACAACAGCAUCAACAACCGCAAUCGCAACAGCAGCAGCCUCAGAAUAUGGAACAUGUGUCUAAGGCUGAUGAUGAUUUUAGUGUUAUACUUGCGGACGUGCGCAAGACUUGCUACAGUAGCUAGUGUUUCUUCUUUUACGGAUACGUUUUUAGGAUUGAUAGACUGACGAGUGGGUUUGAUGGUUGACGUGAGGACAGUUGUUUCAGAUCGUGAUUGGAAAAAACAAGAGACGCUUGUACACAUUUUACGUCAUCGUGCUUGGUGCUACCCAAAAUAUAUCAAAAUAUUUUUAUCUCGCGAUAGAAGGUACGUUCUCUUCUUGUCAACUUCAAAAGUAAUAUUUUAAUUCUGAAUCUUUACAAGUGAAAGAUAUUGAUUUGUAACUCGAUUUAUUUAAUUCUAGCAUGGGCAACAUUUAAUUUUUAUCUUUUAAAAUUUUAUCUAUCUUUCCAUAUUUCUUUGUGUAUAAAAAUAUGGUCUCUCUUAUAGAUUUCAGUUCAUUGAAGUUCAUUCACAUCGAGUCAAUAACAUAUAAUUAUCAUCUGUCGAGCUGAGAUAAACGAAAUAGUAAAACAAAACUAAGAUAUGAAAUGUUAUAAAAAUGUGUAAUAUCAAUAAUAUAUUGAACAUAUUGACCAAUAUUAUCAAAUUUUUUAAUUACCGCGCAUGUUAAUAAUAUUUUAUUUUAUUUGAAUUAUACAAUAAGAUUUUGAGUAAAAAUUUAAAAAAUCGCUGAAAUAAUUAUCUAUUUUUAUAUUAACAUAAAUUUAGACGAUCUCAUAUAAAACGUAAUGACAGGCUGCUGAUGGUGCACGGCUGAUUUAAUGUAGCAUAAAAGUAGAGAGGAUUGUACACUUCUGUAGAUGUCACUUUCGUAGUUCUCCAUUGUCAAAGGUAAUAUAGUAGCAAAGAUAAUAGCGAGAGAUAUUUAAAAUUUAUAUUAAAUUAGAAAAUUUACAUAUUAGAAAAUGUUUUGCAUCAAUAAGUAUUUUCAGAUAUUUUUACUCUGCGAGAUAACAGCAUUUAUUUUUAUUAAAAGUUAUCUGAAAAUUUUUUAUCAUCCAAAAAAUCUAUUUUUGAUAUAAUGAUAGAGAUAUCUUUAAUAAAACUGAAAUGUACAUGUUCUUGUAUUGUUGUAUAAAAUAAAUUGUUUUCUUGCUCACAUUAGAGUGAUAUUUCUACUGUGCAUAUUGCACAUUAAGUUUAGUAAAAAUACGAAUGAUGCAAAACAUCUUUGAUAUGUAUAGAGAUGUGUAAAGAAGUUUGGGUUAAACUAAAUUAUUAAUAUUAUUAUUUUGCUAUUAAUAAUUAAGAUUAUUAUUAUUGUAUCGUACUUAAUAGAACCAAUUAUGAACAAACAUUUAUCUGCAUAUAUUCUUCUACAAGAAUAUCCCUCUACAAAAGAUAUAAUUCUCUAUUAUCGAGUUUAUCAUUGUUACAUAUUGUUUACUUUAUUAUAAUGCACAUAUGAUAGAUGUAGCAUAUGUAUGACGUGUAUACAUAUAUUAUAUUACAAGUAUAUUACAAAAUAUUAUAUGCUCUUCAUAUAUCACACUUUAAAACGAGAAAAUUUCCAUCAAGAAAUUUGAUACAUGAUAAAUUUAUAGUGAACUUUUUGAAAAACUUUAAUAUUUUUUUGUAUGUGCGAAAUAAUAAUGUACAAAUAAAUACAUUUUAAUUAAGCAUGUACUAAAAAUAAUAUUUCACAGGAUAAUAUUUCAAAAUUACAUAUUAAAACACAUCUAUGUGUAUGUAUAUUAAUUCUUUUUAUUAAAUAUAUAUAAAAAAUAUGUGUAUAAGAUACAACAUUAUAUGUAAAGCUGAAAUCAUACAUAGUGUAGUAAUAACCAUAAAUUACAUCAAAGGUUUGAUACAGAGUGAUUAAACAUUAAUAAAUAUUUUUCAUUUUCCAUAUAUAUACACAUAAUUGUGCUUCUGAUAUCUGAGAAGUUCUCAUAAUUGGGGUGUAUAAAAUCUUUUUUAUUACACAUACAAACAAAUAUAAUAUAUUUAUAUUAAUUAAAUUACAGGCACAUCAAGAAAGUAAAUAUUAAAUAAAUCAUUAUAAAUAUUUUAUAAUCUUUCAUUUAUAU